AUGGGAAACGAUGGUAGCCAAUUGUCGCCUGCUGAAGGCGGGACGUCCAAAAGUAGCCGUGGCCUGUUGAAGGUGCCUUCGAGAUCCUCGUCGCAGCAAAGAAACCAGUCCUCGACUGCCUCCACUGGCCUUAGUGGUGCGACUGUUACCGAUCAAAGAAUCAGUAUUGAUGGCCGAUCUAAAGAGUCACGAGGCAGUGUACCCGGGAGGCAAAGAAACGGUAGUGCGUCGACAAAUCGAACCGGUGGCGAUAGCGACCGUGGACAACAUCCCGGCAGUUUCCAACCGAGCUCACCGUCCACAAGCGAGCCGAAACGCAGGAGGAAGAAGAAUGGUGGGCUAUUUUCGUUGUUGGGCUGUUGUGGCGUUCCUGACGCCGCCAACACACUGGAAGAAGAUGAAAGCGUGAACGUCCAGAAAGUUGAAAAGCUUUCCCCGCGGCCAGCCACUGUAAAGUCGAGACCGCAUGCUACCCAGGAGCAGCAGCCUGGAAAGUCAUUGGACGAGAAGGAAAAUAAUCAGAGCAUCCCCACCCCAGCUGGAAUUGAAAAUCAACCCUCGAGCAGCACGCAGGAGCCUCAAACAAUCCCAGAGCAGGCAAAUAACGAGUCGAAACAACCUGUGCCUCCUGCUGUAACUGUGGAUUACCCGUCUCGCUCGCCGGAGGAGGAUGCGGAGUCCCCAGAAAAGGCCGACGCAACUAUCACUGGGGAUGUGGAAAUGCGAGAUGAGGGGGAAAAGGCGCCAGAAGAGACGCCGGUGUUGGAUUCGGAGGACGCCCAACCCCGAACGAUUCCACCACCCCCUGCAGUUCCCGGAUCUUCUACUGUCUCCAACAUUCCCAUAACGGGGACAGGAGCCUCUGCGCCUGAACCGCAAUCCUGGCUUCUGCCUUCAAUCGCACCUGAGCACAAAGGCCGGAAGUGCCUCGUUCUGGACUUGGACGAGACGCUUGUCCACAGUUCAUUCAAAGUAAGCCCUAGCACUUCCAUUCAAUAUGAAUUGUCGAACCGUUACUCACAUUUCCCCUCCCCAAAGAUUCUUCACCAAGCGGAUUUCACCAUACCUGUGGAAAUCGAAGGCAAUUAUCAUAACGUUUACGUUAUCAAGCGACCCGGCGUGGAUGAAUUCAUGAAGCGAGUGGGCGAGCUUUACGAAGUCGUGGUCUUCACGGCGUCUGUCUCUAAGUACGGCGACCCUCUUUUGGAUCAGCUUGAUAUUCACAAAGUGGUCCACCACCGAUUGUUCCGAGAGAGCUGCUACAAUCAUCAAGGCAACUACGUUAAAGACUUGUCACAAAUUGGCCGAGACCUCAAAGACACCAUAAUCAUUGACAACUCGCCGACUUCGUACAUAUUUCACCCGCAGCAUGCUGUCCCAAUCAGCAGUUGGUUCUCAGACGCUCACGACAACGAAUUGUUAGAUUUGAUCCCCGUUCUUGAGGACUUGGCUGGCCCCAACGUUGCAGACGUUAGCCUAGUCCUUGAUGUCACUCUUUGA